AAGAAAUCACUGCGAACGAGGAUUUAAAUGCUAAUUUGCUGCUAAGGACUAGUCAAACAAACAAACACAAAAAGGCAGCAGACCGUAAAAAACAAAUGUCACAAAAGGUUGCUACAAUCAAUAAAGAUUGAAACAAAAAAAAACUUUUUCUGAACAAAAAACUGACAUGGCAUGCUCACGAAGUCCUCCAGCGAGUCCCCGUGCUCCGAAAAUUCAGCAACAAUCGUGGGACGAUUCUGACACGCCGCCAAUUGACUUGUACGACCCAAAUAAUCACAGUCCUCCGAGAUCCCCUGGACGGGUCUCAUACUACGAUCAUCCUUUGAAUAGUCCAAAUACGAGGAAAUACGAAAAGCCACGUGAUAAGCAACAAAUUUGCAAGUCACCCAGUUCGCCGAGGCGUUUCGAUUUUCCCGAAAUGCGAAAUGAGCAGCAGCAGCAAUACGGAACGCCUCCAAAGGCACCGCCCACAAUAACGUACCAAAAGUCGCCCACGGGAAGCUAUUACGACCGUAAAAAGAAUCCGCAGUCCAUUGUUACGAGUCCACGGGGUUCGCAAAGCCUCGAAUAUGGCGCAAUUAGUCCGAAAUACGAACAUAAACACAAGAAAUUCGAGUAUUAUGAGCCGUGUUCGCCGGAUGAGGAGCACCACGAUGACGAGGAUGACAAUUCAUUUAUCGAGUACCGUCAUUCCUCGAUUCAGUACAAGAAAAAGAAGAAGAAGCAUUACAAUAAAUCACCGAAUGGCGUGUUCUCCCUUGAUGAAUACCACUCAAAUUGUGAUAAACGAGGCUCAUUAGUGACGGAAAGUACGGGAUCAGGUGCGUCGGAUUUCAGUACAGCGACGACGGCACGUUGUAGCAGCGGAACAGACCCGGAACAGCAACAAUUGCAGCAGCAACAGCAACAACAGACGCAACAAAAAACGCAAUCGCAGCAGCAGCAUCGGAGACGACAUGCUAUCAAUAUCACGACUAAUCCGGGAUAUCAAGCCAUUCACAACUCGCAUUCAACAUUGGACCGUACGUGUUCCGACAGCGUUGUCUCGUCGCGAAUCCGCAAAUCAACAAGUGACCUAACACAAGCGUCCGACGUUCAAUCACCCAUUCAACCGCCGCACCGAAGAAGGGGAAGCUCCAAGGGUGGUCUCGCCUAUCUGGCUAGUCGUCGUAAUUCGCGUGAAUCCAUCAAAAGUGCGGCAUCAAACGCUUCGAUUUUCUCCAAUGAUGACAUCGGGCCGCUGGCAUUCCAGGCAUCAGCUCGUGGCCAACAACGGCGCACUUCAAAUUUCCUCGAGCUACCAAUUCCAGACCAUGCUCGUCCUCGGGUUUGUUCGUUGCCCGAACGUCCCUACAAUCCGCGCCAAAGUGACGACUUGUACAGACUCCGAACGUUCAGCAUCAGCAAAGGCACCGUUGUGAAUUGUGGCGACAGCAUUAUUUCGCGUCGUUCGCGGAGCAACACGAGCGUCAACUCGACCACGAGUCGCGCGAGUGAAAGAUCUCCCUUUGAUGGCUCGUGUUGCGGAGGCGGUUAUGCAACAGUUGACAGUAUGCCAAAUUCGCCGACUGACAGUGAUCCGCCACCACCGCCGAGAUACCGCGUCGUAAUGCUCGGCGAUUCAGGUUGUGGAAAGACUGCCCUCGUAUCGCAAUUUAUGACCUCCGAGUACAUGCACACGUAUGACGCUAGCUUAGAUGACGAAUUCGGCGAAAAGACUGUCAGUAUAUUAUUGGAUGGAGAGGAAUCUGAAAUGAUUUUUAUUGAUCAUCCAACUGUCGAAAUGAGUGUGGAAAACUCCCUUUCCACGUACGAGCCACAUGCGUGCGUAAUUGUUUACAGUGUCGUACAACGGAGCUCGUUUCACGUUGCCGAAGAAAUAUUGAAUUAUCUCUGGCGCGAGAACAUUUCUAAAGAAAAAGCUGUGAUUUUGGUAGGAAAUAAGGCAGAUCUCGCACGGUCUCGUGUCAUAUCGACAUCCGAAGGCAAGAACUUGGCACAGUCACGUGACGCAAAAUUCAUUGAAACAUCAUCCGGCAUCCAACACAAUGUGGAUGAAUUGCUUGUGGGCGUACUUAAACAGAUACGUUUGAAAGAAACACGUGAGAAAAAAGCGAGUGCCAGUAAAAUGAGAAGCUCAAAAACACAUCUCUCGUUGCAUCUGGCAAAGGAAAUUUUGCAAAAAAUUGGACUUACCGACAUCUCCAAGUCGAAAUCCUGUGAGAAUCUGCAUGUUUUAUAAGAUAAGGGGAAAUUUUGCUCAUUUUUCCUAAUGAAGCAAAAUAAAAACAAAAACAAGAACAAAGACCAUGGCUCGACGCCGUCAA